AUGAACAUAAACAGCAGUCAAAUUCCUCAUAGUCCGACUGGAUCAUCAUCUCAAAAUAAUGAAAACGAAUCUAAUAUCAAUCAAUUGUUAGUUGCUGAAACUAUAAUUACCAGUCAAUCAUCACCACUAUCAUUCAACAUGACAAAUAUGAUUCCAAGUCAAAUACCAAUGAUUACAAACACGUCUGAACAUAACAAUCUAUCUCAACAACGCGAAGCUCGACGAAGACGACGUCAACGGAAUCGUCAACGAAGGCAAGAGCAACGCGAGACACUACAACAACAACAGCAACAAAGACAUUAUUCAAGUCGAAGUUUACAAAGACGGCACGAACGAUAUCAACGAUGGCAAGAACGUCUACGCCAAUGGGAACUUGAACGAGAUCAACGACGACAACAGGAAAAUUACCGUGAUCGUAUACUGUAUCCUUCUGAUCCAAUGGAAGAACCAAUGGACGAAAUGUACAGCGAGCCACUUUUAGAAGCAUAUAUGUGUGACAGAAUGAAUCCAAAGGAACGAUGGGAACAAGAACAAAUAAAUGAAUUAGAAGGAUUUGCUGUUCUCGAACAUCUCGAACAAUUAGCAUUAAUGCAACAUGAACUCGAACAAUUACAGCAAAUUGAUCAUAUUGAAAGAUUACAAGAAGAGGAAGAACUGAUUCAGUUAGAACAAUGGGAACAAGAUAAAUCAACUGACUUAAAAGAUCCUUCUGUUGUAGCAUAUAUAUCGCAACUAGAAGAUGAUAUUGAACAAUUAAGACAAAUCGAUGCUCUUCAAACGAUGGAUAAUGAAAUACUUGAAGAACAAAAACAAGAACCAAAUGAUCAGGAAAUAAUUCAGAUGGAAGAAUGGGAAGCACUAACUCUUCCAAAUCAACAAUUAAGUGAAAACUAG